CUGGGUGGCCCUGCGAAAGAAAGUGACUGCAGAAAGAAAAGAUCUCUUUACUUUGAAAAAGAAAAAGGAAAAGAUCUCUUAACCUGCAACUUUGAGUUUGGAAGAAGUUGAAUAGAACUGGAAGAUGUGGUUCGACUUUGCAGGGAUGAUUCUACUUUUUCUGCACACUGCUCGUUCCCAGGAGAAUACAAAAAUAAUAGAAAAACUGGAGGAGAUUGCGGCAUCUCCUGGAGACAAGGUACAGCUCCGCUGCAAACCCCAACUUAGCUCUCAUGAGUGGAGUAUUAUAUGGUACAAGGAGCGACAAGACAAAAGCCUGCAAAGGAUUUACGUGAGUUUCAGGAAUUCAUACCUAGAUGGGAAGUACUCAGGCCGAAUGCCCAAUCUGACCAUCAGCAACGUGCAAAGAAAUGAUUCUGGAGUUUAUUACUGUGGCAUCGAUAACUCUUGGAAUGUCAGAAUCGUCAGUGGAGCUAGACUGAUCAUCACAGGGACUCCAAGACCACGCCUUUCCACCCUGGUACCUUCCUCCUUGGAGGGCAUGCAGCUGGAUGACAGCGUCCCCCUCCUCUGCCUCAUGUCUGGCGCAAGUCCUGCUUGGGACAAUUUCUCCUGGGAUAUUAGCAAAGAAUUAUCUCAGGACCAGAAGGGCGUUGGUGAGAUAGACAAGGAAGGCGUCUUCAGCAUUUGGCACUUAGAGAUGAUCCCUCGGAGGGAAUGGACUGAAGAGAAGGCGCGUACCUGCUCACUUCAGGAGAACAGAGACACCAGCGCAGCGAUGCCCACAGACACAGGAAACUGCCGUCGUUAUUUAUAUCUUGGGAUUCCUUCCAUUAUUGUCCUGUUGGUCCUGCCGUUGAUCCUGCUCUUCAGGAAGCAUCUUGCCAGAAGAAAUGCAGAGCAAGGAGCAAGUCAAACACCCUUGAGGGAGAUCCCACAGACUGACUAUGCAGAAGUGCACUACAGGAGUGGAAACGUGCUUUGUGAGGACUGAGAGUGUCUUUUGUUAAAAGUUUUCAUCAUUUUUAGAAGACUGAAAGACACAAGGAAGGAAUUGUACAUAGGAAGCUGCCUGCUCCAUCUAGCUCAGCAACGUCUUCUCUGAACGGCAGCCACUGCCAGGCCGUGAAAGACCUUCCUCAGCACCUGCCCCUGAAAUUGUUUUAUCUGGACCUGCCAGGAACUGACCCUUGGACUUCCGGCAUGUAAAACAUGUGCUGCGUCUUCCACUGACCUGGACAUCUCCAGACCCAGAGUUUAUCAUCUUGUAAUCUGUGAGAAUGACAGUGCGGUCUUACGGAGAGUCACUCCAGUCUGAGCCUAUGGAUUUCUGCACAGGAUUGCAUUUUUAAGUGCACAUGUUAAACUUCGGGUGCUUUUCUG